AUGGCUGCACUGCAAUGGCUCUGCUAUAUUUUCAUUAUUUGUGGCAGUUAUUCACUGUUAUCUGAUAACAGGAAUAGCGCAAUCCCUAAAGAUUGUGCUGGGAAAGAUAGUGGGACAACAUCGGCGUCAAAUUUUUGGUGUUUUCUUGAGAAGUCAAGUUUUAUUUUGACUACUAACCUCUCUAGCUUGGUUGUAUGUGGACGAUCUAGCAUUGUAGGACUGUAUAUAAUCGAUGAUUUUGGCAGUUGUCAAACUUCAUGCGGGAGUACGACCAGUGGGGGAUUUGAUGAAAGGGAUUUUGAAGCUAAUGAGUGGAUUUAUUUUCGGCAAAGCAAGUUGUUGAGCAAUAUGAGAGUUUCUGUUAGUGGUUGCUUUUCAAGACGACGGGACAAAUACGUGCAGAUUUGCAUAUGCAAAGUUGCUCAUAAUAAAACCACUGAUCCGAAUUAUUCUACUAAAGUCAUUGAAUUGUCAUUGAUCUCAAGUGAUGUGAACGUAUAUAACUCCACUUAUCUCGUCUUCAAUAAAAGGGCUUUAGCUUUCCUCGCUAAAGAAAGACAUAGACGAAGCAAACGUCCCUGUGUUUAUUAUGCUAACAGCACUGCAACAUUUCAACUGUUGUUGGAAGGCGAUUUAGUUUUUAAACUAAAUCCUGGUCCUGAGUAUCAAAGAGCGAAGUCUACUUUUUCAAGACAUUAUACUUGUAAAGCGCGGCCGGGACGUAACGCCUCAAAUCUUAUUGAGAUACAACGUCUUCCACUGAAUAGAAUAGCACAUAAUAGCUGUUUAUCGCUUUGUUUAAUGAAUGCGCAAUCGUUACGAAACAAGACGACCGACUUCGUUGACUAUGUUUGUGAAAAUAAAUUUGAUCUAGUUGCUGUUACUGAGACCUGGUUACAGAAAAAGGAUGAUGCAGUGCGUGUCGAACUAUGCCCAGCGGGUUAUAAACUAGUUGAUCACCCGCGUUUAAAACGGGGAGGUGGGGGCAUUGGCCUUCUACACCGUGACUCUUUCAGAGUGACUAGAAUCAGAACUGGUGAAGAAGAGUCUCUUGAUUACUCUGAGCUUAUUAUACAGUUAUCAACCUCUUGUAAACUUAGGACUAUCAUUGUUUAUAGGUCACCACCUUCAGUAGGCCACAGGGCUUCUAUGAGCACUUUUCUGAAGGAGUUUUCUGAUAUCCUGGAAUCUGUCAUUCUAUCGAAGGAGUGUUUACUUGUCCUUGGGGAUUUUAACGUUCAUGUAGAUGACUCUAUUGAUGCUGAUGCUAUGAAGUUCCUUGAUUUGUUGGAUUCACUCGGACUUGAGCAGCACGUUACGCAACCGACUCAUAUCCAUGGUCAUACCCUGGAUCUUAUUAUCACACGCAAAAUGGAGUCACUCAUUGGGUCACCACCACGUAGCUGCCACUACUUUUCUGAUCAUGCAGCUGUUCAUAGCAGUAUUCGGAUAGAGAAGCUUGUGACCAAAGCUAAAAAAGUCACUUACAGGAAAACUAAGAAUGUGGAUCUGCAAUGCCUUAGACAAGAUUUAGCAGUGUCCGAUUUGUGCACGCAGGAACACGGCGAGCACUUAAUAACUAAUCAUGAAGGCCUUGAUAAGCUUGUCUGUAGCUACAAUACCGUUCUCAGCAGCAUAACUAAUAGUCAUGCACCCCUCAUAACGAAAGUUGUAAGAUCAAGGCCACAAGUGCCCUGGUACAAUCAAGAGAUAGCUGAAGCGAAGAGAAAGAGAUGUAGGGCUGAGCGAGUCUGGAGGAGAUCAGGGUCUGCUGAAGACCUAUUGGUGUUUAAACGAUUAAAAAAUCAUGUAACAUACAUCAGUAAUAAGGCGCGCAAGCAAUUUUAUGUGAACUUCAUAAACGAACAGGAUGGCGAUCAGCGCAAACUUUUUAAGGCAACUAAAGCACUGCUCUUGCUAAAAAGUGAUUUAUUCUUUCCUGACUAUCAUAAUAACACCGCUCUUGCAAAUCAUAUCGGAAGCUAUUUUCAUCGUAAGGUAAUUAAUAUUUGCGAAGAGCUUGAUGUUGCUCACGCUAGUCACGACGAGCGUGUUAGGGUGAUUGAUGAUCCUGAGUUUAGUACUGAACAUGAUCGAUUAUCUAACUUUAAGGAACUCACCCAGGAAGAUGUACAUCAACUUAUUAGAGCUUCAACCAAGAAAACGUGCAUGCUUGAUCCUAUGCCCACUUCUCUGUUAACAAAUUGCCUCGAGGAAAUUCUUCCAGUUAUCACAUCUAUGAUCAAUUCUUCUCUGUCCCUUGGAUAUGUUUCAACUGAGUGGAAAGCUGCUCUGGUCGACCCACGGCUAAAGAAACCUGGCUAUAAUGUCUCUUUUCCAAAUUUACGACCAGUGUCUAACCUACAAUUUGUGGCUAAAUUGACAGAAAAAGUGGUUUGCAACCAAACUCAAGAUCAUAUAUUGCGGUCGGACUUAUAUCCGGUGCUCCAGUCAGCUUAUCGGACAGGUCACAGCACUGAAACAGCUCUUCUGAAAGUCCACAAUGACAUCUUGUUAAAUAUGAACAAUCAGAAG